CAUAAUUUAGCAGACCAUAUCAAUAGUGGUACCAAACCGAGUCCUACUAAUCCUGGGCAGUCCAAGAGACAAGCGCGUGAACCCAAUCGACACCCCGUUGCUGAGCUGUUAAAACGACAUGGAAAGAAAAUCUCUUACCAAAAUUGCCGCAGGCACACGCACAUACAAUCAUCGCCUGUGUAGGGUUUCGAGCAACCUGAAUUUUGAAGUAUUUAGUUUUUGUUGUUUCGAAAAAUCACCUGGAGCGGCGCCUGAAAACUCUUCAAGUACUUGCGAUCAUCACCGUAAUUAAUUGUAAUUUUGGAGCAGGAAAAUUGUUUAAUUGAAUAAGAUAAACCUCGCAUCAUCGUAAAAAUGAGGGACUCCGGAAAAAGGGUUAAGCUUUCGCAGGCGCCUGUGUCCAACAUACGUAAGGUAAAGAGCAAUGCAACAGAAAAACACUCUUCAGAAGUGCAUGUUAAACCAAAGAUGUCAAUUAAUCAUCUUGCUUGGUACGUUGCAUUAAAUUCAAAGCCAUCGGAACAGAAGAAUUCACGAAUUCCCCAGAUCAAAUGGAAAUGCCCUCCCAAAUUUUAUUUAAAUACAAGCUGGUAUGUUGCUGCUGGAGAGGGAAGCCAGGAAGCAGAGGCUCAAAAGUUUAGGGAAAUAACUGUGCAAGAAAUUGUUUAUCCUAAUCUCUCUAAAGUACCUUCCAGUUCACCGGAUAUGGAAGGAGGUGCAAACACGGAUGAUAGUGAGAUACCGAUAAUCCCAAUCAUUCCCAUUGAAGCAGAAGCAGGAGAAGCAGAAAAUCCAUUAGGUACAUCACCACUAGUAGAAAAUUGCAUCGAAUCACAACCCCCGAAAGGUCAUGACAAAUCUUGUGCCGACAUAUUACAACAUGGUCUAGAAAGGGUUGGUACGGAAGUUGCUACUGCUGCUACAAUCAUGCCAACUGAAGAACAGAUGGUUGAACAUGUAACUCCACCACCUGUACCAGAAGAAGAAGAAGCAAAUACACCAUCCUCUGUUUUACCAAGCUUGGCACCUGAUGACAAACUACCCGAUGGAUCAACGGAGGCAUUGAGUACGUUGCUCACUUCCAAUUCCAGCCCACAAAAAGAUAAUCAAUCUCCUUCGUUGCCUUGCAGUGAAGUCCAAAAAGCAAUCAACAAACCAGCAAAUAAACAAGGUGAUAUCCAUUCUGCUAGUGAACCAAUAUGGAAAUCAAGAAAGCUGAGUCCCUUAGCAAGAUUUUCAAAUUCCGUUGUGCCUCCUAACUCGAGACCCAAUGAAGAAACCAGAUUGGUCGACCAAUACACACUACCACCUGGUGUUAUUGCUCAGGUAAGACCUCUAAUAAUGCCUUGCAACUUUAGAACGGGCGAAGAAUCGAUCGAGGAAUUGAUGGAGCGAUAUGCACCACCACCACGUCGUAUUGCUCAGGUAAACCAGGUAAGGCAUUGCAAUUUGAGACCCCAGGAAGAAACAAUUGAGCAAUUGAUUGCAAAAUAUGGACCAGCACCACAUGGUGUUGGUGGGUAUGUGCUGCCUCUUAAUCCUUCACCGAAUAUGGGAGGGAUUAAGAGAAUGAUUGAUGAAUAUGGAGUAGCGGAUCAUGGAUGGAGAAAUACACCAAAUCUUCAUGCCUUUCCCAAUAUGUUGGAGUCGAAUUUCAAUGCAAAUGGUAAUUUUCAAUUUCCCCUAUAUCCCCACCUCAGUACUCCCCCCCCUCCACCGGACUUGCACUACAAGUCCACAAUCCAGCAACAUGGAGAAAGAAGGCACGAUAGUCGUCACUUUAGCGAACCUACAGGUCAUUAUUACAUGCAAGGACUAGAAUUGGGACAUAACAGAACCACAUCAAUUGAAACAAAUAAAAAACACGAGAAGAAGGCUUGCAUGUAUUUCAAUAGUCCAAAAGGAUGUCGGAAUGGUUACAAUUGCCUAUACGAGCAUGACAUGUCUAAGCAUUCGAGGGAUGGUGGGAGUGUUGAUGUUCCAGUAGCAAAGAGGAUCAAGUGUACACUUCGUGGCCCGGAAAAUUGUGCCGGACGGAAUUGGUAGCAAACAUUUUUGUUUUUGUUUUUUUUUUGUUUUUUAUACUGGAAAUACACAUUGAACUCAUCCCUAAAAACGGAGUUUACAAAAUUUUGAUACUUGACAAUCCUUCAUUAAAUACAACACAAAGACCAAACAAACUAUUUUUUCUUUCAAUAGUUUGUGCUAAUUUGCAAGAAUUCCAGGCACUUCAGAAAGAAUGUUAUAUUAAUGGAAUUUUUGCUGCAU